AUGAGGUCCAGCUCUUCCUAUGCUGCUGCUGCUACAUUAGAGCAUGAUCUCAGUGAGCCGCUAUCUGCCCUGGAUGAUCACAGGAUACCAGAGGGCUGUCCACAUUCUGUCAGGGACCCACCCAUCUAUUGUAUCAGAGCAGCAGGAGUUCUGAGGUACAACCGGGAGUCUGACAACCACAGGAUAAACUUAACAACCAUUCUUCCAGCGUCCCAGCCUCUGACAGAAUACCCAGUGAAAUGUGAGUACUGUGGAGAAAAGGCUCAACCUUCACUGGAUCUAACAUGGGCACAGAGCUCUGCGACAGUGGCACUCUUCUGCUGUGCUCAGUGGCAGCAGCUGUGUAAGAUGCUGGUGAAGCAGAGAUGUUUGGUUGAGAGAAGCUGUGACCUGAAGACUCUUACUCCAACAUGCCCGAGAGACAAGCCCGCCACAGUGAUGGAGGAGCUUCUCUUCCAAGGCAAGGAGAUGGAGGAUCACAACAAGUUCAUCAUGGACUUAUGGAGUGGACUUGGGGAACAAGCAGAACUGAGAAUCUACGAGGAUUACUCAGUCCAACUACCUGUGGCAGAAACCUUCGCCCCAACAUCAAAAGUCUUCAGCUUCCGGCUUUCUUGUGCUCCAGGAAAAGGAUGUUGGACAGUGUAUCCUUGUAGCGCAACUGAGGAGCACUUGAAAAUAAAAGAGGAAGAGGAGCAGGUGUCGGCCCCUUUUUGUGACCACAAGCCACUUCAGUUCGGCAUGUGUCAUCAUCAGGAUGGGGCAGAACUUCUGCAGAAGUAUUAUUCCAAUGGCCAGACAUUUCUUACCGUGUUCCCUGAUGGCUCUGCUCAGGUCUUUUAUGCCUCAGGCCUCUUGGCUCUCGUUGUCGUGGUCACUGAAGAAAAUGGAAGAGUGUGCAUCGUGUACGAUGACAGCGAAGCCUGCGAACCGCCAAUUAGAGCCAUGUUCCAGUCUAAUGGCAGGGCGACGUGCUACCACAGCAAUGGAAACAUAUGGCUGACCUUAAGCAGUGCAGGAGGUCAGUGUUUGGAUGAGGCGGGUGCCAGGAUUCGCCGGUGGAGCUGGAACAGUCUGGGUCUCACUCCCACUCCCCUGCAUCCUGUCUUCCUGUCCCUCAACAAAACUGUUGGGGUCCGAGUCUUUGGGAAGGAACAAGUGUUUGUCUCCUUCCUGGCAAAAGGUCAACAGGCAAAAUUCAGUGUGGGUAACUGCUGCGCUCAGGGUGAAUGUAAAACAGACGAGGCUGCUUCAGGGCCGUCAGUAAUAAAGGAGGAGCUGUUUGUGUUAGCAGCAAGGAUCAGGAUCCACCUGGCCAUUCAGCAUCUCCACCUGUACCUGAUGACGCCGUCACGUCCCCGGCUGCCGAAGACAACACAAACCCCUCACCUCCAUGUUGUUGCCCAAAGACUUCUGGAAGUCAGCGCUGAUGUGACGAUGAGUGAGCGUGAGAGAUUCUUUAUCCAGAGGUGCCUUCAAGAUUGUCUUUGAUGCACCAGUAAUAAAGUAAAAGCGCACGAUGACAGCUCUGCUAUAUGGAUUAAAGGCGUAUAAGUGAGGUCAUACUCCACAAGCAGGUCAAACACCUUUUUAAGUGUUUGUUUCUUUUACACAACUUAAUGGCUCUUAAUGGUUUCUGAAGGUAUUAUGGCAUUGAAAUAA